ACUCUCCCUUUCAAGUUUUCCCACCUUCACCCUCCCCUUCUCCUCUUUCUCUGUACUCUGCCUCUCUCUCUCUCUAAACUGAAGGUAAAAAAAGGAGCAUCACUCUGUUUCUCGAGAAUCUAACAUGGUUGCGUAAAGCAGAAGUUGUAGCAGCAGCAGCAGCUAGUAGUACUCCAUUCUUCACACCUCCAGAGAGAUUUUUCUUUCUCCCCUUUCUCCCCUUUCCUCCAUACGACAGAGAUAAACUGUGUUUUCUCGAAAUGGGCAAGAAGCAACACUCCCUGCUACCGCCGCUGGUCCCGCCGCCGCCUCACCAUCAUCAGACGCCCGCCGCCGGCGACGGCGGAGGAGGAGGGAAAACCGAAGCUGUCAUCGACAUCCUGCGGAAGCAAUCCCAGCUCACUCUCAAACAGGAGAAGUACUGUAACAAGGGCUGCGUGGAAAGGUUUCUGAGGUCGAAAGGAGGGAAUGUGAAGAAGGCUGCCAAGGCAUUGCGCACUUGUCUCUCCUGGAGACAAUCCAUCGGCAUUGAGCAUCUAAUAGCAGAUGAGUUCUCAGCUGAGCUAGCCGAAGGCGCUGCCUACGUGGCCGGCCACGACGACGACUCCAGACCAGUUGUGAUCUUCCGCAUCAAGCAAGACUACCACAAGUUCCAUUCCCAGAAACUAUUCACUCGUUUCAUGGUGUUCACGCUGGAGGUGGCCAUAAGCAGCAUGCCCAAGAACGUGGAACAAUUUGUUCUUCUCUUUGACGCAAGCUUUUUCAGAUCAGGAUCGGCUUUUCUGAACUUGCUGCUGCCGACACUGAAAAUUGUGGCGGAUUACUACCCAGCCAGGCUGCACAGAGCUUUUCUCAUCGACCCACCUUCCCUUUUCUCCUACCUUUGGAAGGGCGUCCGUCCAUUUGUGGAGCUAUCAACGGCGACGGCCGUGGUGUCGUCGCUGGACUUCGAAGACUCCAUGGAGUACUUCAACGACUUCUCCACCUAUCCACGAUCCGCGUCCCUCCGAUUCGACCCGUCAUCAAUCAAAUCAACGGCCAAGAUCGGCUCCUGCUCCUCCUCCCGGUUCUCCUUCACCGUGUCCCACCACUUCGACUCCGUGAAGCCCUGGUACCUCUCUCUCACGGGCGACACGUCAGCUUCCAAAGUGGGGCCCACCGCCGCCACGACGAAGGACACAUCGCUGGGCCCCGCGUUGAUCUCCCCGCUCAACGCGCGGUCCUACUCGUUCGCCUCCCCGAUCGCACGGACGCCACCUGGCAGCAUCGGCGGGAGCAGCCACUACGGCGCCGCCGCAGCAGCCGCCAGGCUGGCCAGGAAGGGGUUCCUGCCGUCGACGCCGCUGCCGCAGAGGGUCACCGCUGGCGUGAACGUCUGCCACCCGCGGACCCCGCGCCCGUCGUUCCUCCAGUCGCCGGCGCUGUUCUUCAGGCGGGGGGACUGCCACGCCGCCGCCGGCGGGAACAAGGCCGAGCGGUGCAGGGAGUCGUUCCUCCCGUUCGUGAAGUUCUACCGGCGGCCGUACGACGAGAUGGUUUACCGGUCGAAGAUGCGGCCGCCGCUGGGCGGGCUCAUCUCCAUCGUCUCCCCGCAAAUCAGGCGCCGCCACGUGUCCGUAUCGCAGCGGUUCUGAACGUAAAGCUAAAGGAUUGAAGAGAGAAAAUUGGAGAAGAUGGUGGGGAAAGGGAAGGGAAGAGAAGAGUACAUAGAAGAAAGAGUGUUAAUUAAAAUUGUCAUUAAUUACAGUUGUAAUUUUUGUUACUACGAUCAUCUUGUUGGUUUCAACUUAAUUAUUUAACGUGCUGAUGAAUGAGAAAAUGAAAUUUGUCAAUGCUGCUGAGUGUGGAUUAGUA